GGAAGAUUGUAUCGCCGGUUGUGAAGAUGAAUUCUGUUUGAAUGAACUAAACUUGGCUCCAAAAAACAUCUUAUAUCAACAAAUGAGAUUACGCAUUACUUUAAAAUAUGCAUGUUUACUCGUACCGCUGCUAAAACAGACUUCUUCUUCGGCGCCUAACUUGUUACUUGUUACUGAACUUGUUGGUUACCGGAGAUGGAGCCGGAGCGAUCUCAGAAACACAACAACGACAGAUAUGCGUUUCUUACUCCUAUGGUCAACAGCUGCAAACUGCACUUUACAACUGACAAACCAACAGUGCCAGAAAGAGCAAAGAGGAAGACUGACUCUCAAGAUCUUGUAAAAGAAAUAAGCAUGAAAACCACCCAAACAGUAAAUCAUUGUAACCCUGAGCAAGAAAACAUGUUAUAUGCACAUAGACAGAGAGGACUUGUCCAGACAUCUUCUGUACCCUCACUUGCCUGUGAGUCAAUAGAUUCCUCGGCACAUAACCCAGUGCCACUUGCGGGUUGUGCUAAAAGUGGUUUCGAUUCAGAUUCAAAUGCUGCACCAGAAACUAGGAACAAGGUUAAGAGACCAACCCACAGUGCAGGGGCCAGAUACUACUCUACUAUUUUAAACCGUCCUAAGCCAGCAGAUGGCUCGGGGGGAUGUAAGUACAGCACAGUCCCUGAAAAUCCUUUCACUCCGUUGCCAUGUGAACAUUAUGAAUCCAGUUUUCAAAGGAUUGACUUGGACAGGCGAUCUCUUGAAACAUGUCCCCACCUGGGUAAUACGGAUGGUCUACAGUUUCUCAACCUUCAGCAUAAUCUAAUCACAACUGUCCAGCAUCUUUCAUAUCUGCAAAAGCUAGUUUUCCUUAACUUGUAUGACAAUCACAUCACUGAAAUGACUGGCAUUGAAGCUCUGAGCUCUCUGAGGAUCCUGAUGUUGGGGAAAAACAGAAUUCUUAAGAUAUGCUAUCUGGAAAGCCUGUCCAAGCUAAACAUCCUGGAUUUGCAUGACAAUCAGAUCUCCAGGAUAGAAAACCUGUCUCAUCUAAGCGAGCUGCAAGUCUUGAACCUGGCAGGAAACAACAUCUCCAGAGUUGAGAACCUGCAGGGCCUGAACAGAUUGACUGAACUCAACCUGCGCCACAACUGCAUCUCUGUCUUGACUGAGGUGGACCGCCUGCCCUGCUUGCAGCGCUUCUUUCUCGGCUGCAACAACAUCACCAGUUUUGAUCAGCUAGCCUGUCUCGGAGAGUCACGCUCCCUUUCUGAACUCACCCUGGAUGGGAAUCCUGUAGCCCUGGAGACAUGGUACAAGCAGGCCGUCCUGCGCUGUGUGCUUCACCUGAAACAGCUGGACAUGAAGCGCAUCACAGACGAGGAGCGGCGCAUGGCUGGUGUACAGGCUCGAAAAGAAGAGGAGAAGAAGAAGGAGAGUCACAAGCAGACAAUUCAUAAGGAGAAGCGACGUCUGGCUAUCCGUAAUGCAGCACAGCAGUGGGAGGGGGUUAAGACCUGUCUGGAGCUGCCACCAACAAAUGGAGCUAAAGAUGAAGUCAGUCCGGAAAACAGCCCUGCCCACUGCCCCGCCCAGACCAAUGGCCUCGGACAGGAGCCUUCUCCAGAAGAACCCAGACGGGUAAGCCCAGGUUCAGGACCAGAGCGACCAUCAGGGGGAACGGAGAACAGACUCCGCACCAACAGUCGUCCAAACAGCCCACGAGAUCCAAAGCUUGUGGAGCCGGGCAGCGGCAGUGUUCAGAGCUUGUCCCUCUCUGACAGUCACCUGGCGGAGCUUGAUGGUGACACUUUGCGGUUGUUCGGACUGGGAGCCCUGGAGGCCCUGGAGAGGGGCUGGGGAGUCCAGACUGCUGGUGCUGUCACUGUCAUAACCUUUCGCUACAUCAACUUUGACGCCAUUGUACCAACACUGCCGAGAACAAGGGUCAAGUUCCCCAAUCUGUCGCAUCUGAUCUUCUUGGAAACCAACAUCAGCCGGCUGCCACAGCUGGCGGCCCUGGCUCAGGUGAGGCGUCUGGACCAGCUGACAAUCCACCCAGAGGGCAACCCAGUGGUCAGUCUGGCUCUGUGGCGCUCCUUCAUCAUCUACCGCCUCAACCACUUCAACCUUCAGAGGAUCAAUGGCCAGGAGGUGACCAUGAAUGAUGUGAUCGCUGCAGAGCGUGUGUUUGGUACACUGGGUCAUAUAGCAGCCACCGAAACUCCACGCUGCCGUCUCCUCCUGCUGCUCGAGGAGUCCAGGAAACGCCAGCUGCAGUUCUUAUUGGAGGGGCGUGGCCGGCGGGCAGGGCUCAGUCCGGAGGAGCUGCGAGACAAUGGGAAGCUCCUGGGAGAAGGCCUGAGCAGAGCGCUGUUCAACUACCCGAGCAGAGACUGCAGUGCAGAGAGCCCUGAGGAGGGUAGUGUAGAGUCGUCGGAGCGUUCUGCCAUGGUAGAGCAGUACCUCCAGGAGUUGGUCCAAAGGGCAUCAGACACCUACCUGAAAGGUGAGGCUCUGCACAAGCUCUGGCCCUCCGUGUUUGCUGAGAUGGUGAGGGACUGUGUGUUGGAGAUGAAAGACCGAGCCGCCUUCCGCCAAGCCAGCCUUGCAAAGAUCUCUGAGACCAAGUGAAGAGGACCAAAGGUUCACUCUGAGACCCCCCCCUCACACACACACACACACACACACACACACACACACACACACACACACACACACACACACACACACACACACACACACACAGCUCUCCUGAUGCCAUGUCAAACUCCAUCUUCAACAUCACUGAGAGACACUGUUACUGACUGUCAGUUAAUACAAUCUUUGGAAACUGAAGGAUGUAUUUCCCAAGUAUGUGGGAACCCUUUCUUAGCAUGGAUGUAGACUGUUUUAAAGUCUGAAGAAAUAAACAUGACGUUAAUUGAAUGUACAUUUUCACUGAUAACACACUGUUUGAUUCUUCAGCGCUUGGAGCAGUAACAUACUUGAAGAAGGUCAAAGGGACUAGUUGACUCAUUGCAUUGUGGUCCAUACCAAGCAUCCUCUGCACUUUAAAGCCUUCUGAAUGAGCCCUCUCUAUCAUUACCAUCAUCAGCUGAAAAUGACCUGUGUCUCUUUUGUUGAGACUAGAAUGAUUUUUCUGUGUCUUAAAUCUUCUUUCAUGCACCACUCUCACACAAUGUCUUCUUUUUGCAUAAAUAGGACACAAGUAAGGACAAGGACCUUUGUUUUGUUUACCACUGAUUUU